AUGUCCACAGCUGAAGACACCGUCAAUGGCACAGAUCUACAGGAUGCCACUACUGGCUCGAAAAAGCGGACCCAUCCGGAAGACUUCAAGCGUGCAUACAAGGCUUGCAUCAAUUGCCGCCAACGCAAAGCCAAAUGCAUUCUUGGCACAGGGCCCGAUGGCGGUGAAUUGAAGCCGCCAUGUCAAAGAUGCAAGCGCGAGAUGCGCGAAUGUGUAUUUAGGUCUGAAAGAUCUUGGGUGAAGAGACGGAAGCCUGGCGAAGUGCGCGACAACGUAGAAGAGGAACCCGCCAGGCCACAUUCAGGCUCAAUCAGCAAUGUCCAGCCUUCACCCGUUCACAGGUUGUCGACUUCGACACUUGAAUUUGCCCCUGGCGAUAGCCCACAUACGAGCAAACAUCGCGCUGAUAUCUUCUCUCCACACAAUCAUCUGCGCCGCAUCUCCUCAUCUCAAGGAGACCUAGCCAACUCGGUCAUGAGGACAGUCGUAUCCAGUGGUAGCGAUGCGCUGAACCUGUUGUUUGAGGCUGCACAUCACCGCGAUGCCAUGGAUAAUGAACAACAAUCCGGUUCUCAGGCCUAUGAGACUCCAAGGUCUGGACCAACUGGAUUCGAGAAUGCGACACCCUCAUCGCCAUUUCACACCUUCAGGGCGCAGCCUGUGCAAAUGUCAACCCCAUCGCCUGAGACGUUAAAAGUCUGGACCUCAUGUCGCUUUGUUCAGAUGGGCUGGUUUUCAGCGCAUGAGGCAGUCACAUAUGUUGAUUUGUUUUUCAAAAACUGUUCACCUUUGUCUCCGAUCCUAGGAGAGUUCUACUCACAUCACGAGAACCAUUAUGCAUUGAUAGCGCUGGACCCAUUCCUGUGUACCACCAUUCUGAUGAUAUCCUCACGGUACAACAUUCUUCCCGGGGUUGGUGGUGCAUCUCGGGGUUACUUCGUUCACGACAGGCUCUGGGAGCAAUGUCAGCGCUUCAUCAUGAAGAUCAUGCUUGGCCAGGUCAAGCCUUCCAAGGCUCAAAGCCGGACUAUCGGAUCCAUCGAAGCAUUGCUUUUGCUAUCUGAGUGGCACCCGCGUGCGCUUCACUUUCCAACUGCUGCGGAUGGCUGGGAUUGCGAAUUGAUGAUAGGAGCGAACAACACUACAGAGGAGGGCGCAAGGCUACUAGAAGGAGACGCCACCUCUAGUCGAUGGCUGGAAGAUGUUAUUGAGCCCGCUAAACGCUCUGAUCGUAUGUCUUGGAUGUUGAUGGGCUGUGCACUCUCUUUAGCACAGGAGCUCGGUCUUUUCGAAGACAACGCUAGCAUCGACAAAGAUCAAGUUUCGUAUCCAAAAGCUACCACAGAGUUCUUGAUCCUGCGUCGGAUACGUGCUCGGAAGCUCCUAUACGUACUCCUCGAGCAACUGUCGUGGCGAUUGGGAUGUACCUCCAUGAUUCCGCAGAGCCUUAACCAUGCCCUGAUGGAGAAGAUACCGGUAGAUUCCGCAACGGGUGCGGUAGAGCAGUGGCAAUCGUUCAUGAGUGCAUGGGUCGAGCUCACGAAACUUGCUCGAUCCGUAUCAGAUACCAUCUAUCCUAACACGGCGACGACGCGGAGCUUACUGAGGACUGGCCGCUACAUUGGACUUUUAGAACACUUCCAGCCAUUGCUCACAUCGUGGAGAAAAAAGUAUUUGGACCCCUGCAAGCUCAAAGUUGGCCUACAUGACAUGCUCCACAUAGAAUAUCAAUAUGUGCGCAUCUACACAAACUCACUCGGUAUGCAAGCUGUCGUUGAGCGAACUCUUGCCGAAACCGAUCCCGAUGUGCCACAAGAGGAUAAUCUACCCUUCAAUCUAGAGCCUAGAGAUUACGACUUCAUUCAAGAAGUAGUCGACGGGAGCUGCCAAAUCCUUCAGAAAGUGUGUCAGCUAUCUGAGACUGGGGCGCUCCGUUAUUCACCUGUGCGGAUUUUCUUGCGCAUAACAACGUCUUCUAUCUACUUGAUAAAGGGGCUGAGUUUAGGAUCUCGCAACCAAAAACUGCAGUCGUCGCUCGACAUUCUUGACGCCGCUAUCAGGGCUUUACGUGCUAGUACACUCGAUGAUAUGCAUCUUGCAUCACGCUACGCUACCCUUCUGGAUCUACAUGUUGCCCGUCUCCGCGAGAGUUUUGUCGUCUCAUCACGGCCUCCACGACUCCCAUCACGUGCGACAUCUGCAGAUCUUAAGAGCGCAACAAUUGGCAUGGACUUCCUCAACAACCACAAUGCUGGACAAUCAAGUUUAUCCUCACUAGCCGAUAAUGUUGCGGACCUCAUGCCCGAUGACGACUGGCUUGCGCUCCCGUUUGACCCUGCAAUGGCCCCAUUUGGGCUUGAUCAUAAUCAGCAGAGCUUCCAGGGCUUUGACGAUGGAACAUUGGAUUUCAUCUGGAAUUUACCCAUGUAA